CAAUGCUGAACGGCUCAGGACGUUGUGGGAGCUGUUACCCACUGGCUUUAUGGAAAAGUGCAAGCAGUUCGAGUCGAUCAAGUCUUUACAGACUUUGAUGGGCUCACUUGUCAAGAGGCCGUUGACGUGUUUCGAAUUGCAGAAUUCUGUGGCCCCAAAUCGGAUACCGGAUACUACUAUCUUUCCGAAUUAGAGCUUCGCGUGCAUGCAUAUCGACUUAAUGUUGACGAUGACGACGUAACGGGAUACAUGACGGUAAUGGAUGAAGAAGAGAAUGAAGAAGACCAAUCAGAUGACGUGAGCCCUACAAUGGCCCCGAAAGCGGUGAUGACUGCUCUUCCAAAUAUGAGACUUGAGGGCAUUUGGGAAUCCUUGGUCUUCGGAAGGGCUAUAUCAACGGACCUACUACAUUGCAUAACGAAUAUGAGUAAAGUAAUCUGCAAUCUUUUGGGAAAAAGCCUCGCUGAGGAAUCGGAGUCCGGAUAUCAAAGUCAGGAGUAGAUCCAC